AGCAGUAUCAUGUUAGCAUAAUGUCUCGCCUUGGACUAAGAUGUAUAGAAGUUGUGUUGCAUUGCGAUUGGUUUCCUACACAUCUAGGCACCAAAGGCACUUGUUAGGUACCUACCUAAGGUAGCCCUUGUUCGCACCUAUCUAUGUACAAUACCUCUAGACGCUAAGAUAAGGCCCUACCCGGUACCCACCUAGUACCAAUCCCACCAAUUCGAUCCUUAUCGCAACGGAAAUUUCCAAACAAUGAACCCGACAGCGAAUAUCCGUGGUAUUGGAUAUCAGCCUCAGUUGCCCGGAGCUUUCGAUAGCAGAACCGCCCACCAUGGCUCUGAGGGUCAAUUCGAUAACAGUCCAAUUUAAGAGGCUGCCCCUCGGCAUAUCAUGGACUGGCCUACGCUUCAAAUCCACGGCGACGAAUAAAGAGAAGAGGCAGAAGGAGUUAGCGGCGUCCGAAUUUCAAGUGCACCAUGGCGAGAAGAUAUGGAUAUACUCUCACAUAUUAGAGGGCAUGACGGUGUACUCCCAUAGGCCCGUGCUCAAGGCGAACAAGGCGCUAAGACAACUCACCUUCAACGGCAAGAAGCUCAAGCCCAGCAAGUUCCGACGCGACUACUGGCGGACCUUUGCCAUGAUACAGUUCCCCGAGGGCUUCGGCGACGUAGGGCGGAGCGUAUUCCAGCGCUUGCGAGAGUGCAAGAAACUGCACGAGCUAUCGUGGGACAACGACAUGUUCUACGACAAGGACGGAAAGCCCCUGACGAAGCACGAGCGGGGUUCGAAGAUCAACGACCAGAAGACCAACACGGUUGCCGACAUGGCUGCGGUCCUCGGGGGACUAGGGAAGGGCAGUCGUAUUUGGAUGACCGUGUCGCAGGACCCGAAAAUACUUGCCAACCUGGAAGCGGGAGACGAGAAGAACCUCAAGAAGGACGAGAACGGCGUUGUUAAGGCCCUGGUCAAAGCUCAGGUCUGGUGGUUCGACGACAAAGAUCGGAACUUCGCGAAAAGCUGGCCUCCUAAUGUCACGCACUACCGCUUCGAUCAAGCCGCCAUAGAGGAAAUGGGGACGGACACUGAAGCGCCCCCGGAGCAAGACUCGGAAUCGGGAGAAGCAGCGAAAGAAGGCGAAGAUCAGGAGGGGGUAGACCAGAAGUCGGCCGAUCAAGAAGAGGUAGGCCAGAAGAGGGCCGAUGAGAAGGAGGCAGAUCAAAAGAGGGCCGGUAAGAAGAAGGCAGGCCAGAAGAAGGCCGAUAAGAAGGAGGCAGAUCAAAAUAACUCUCCAUAAGAGCUGUAUAAAGCCAGGUUAUCAUGUCUUACUGUUAUCACGGUCAUGACAGAGUGUAAAAUUAAGUAAACCCUCCACCUACAUUACACUUUACGAAACCUAGAAAUAUACUG